AUUAUCGUGGCAGUGGGCAAUGUGGACUCCGGUUACUGGUCGCGCGGAUUUGGAGCUACGGGAAAUUGAGAGUGUGCCGAAGGCAAUUUGUUCAGUGUCAACUUCCAAUUGAGAUCGUUCAGUAGCUUUGUGAGAUCGAUUUCUGGCAGUGUGACCACGGCUAUGGCUGCCAUGGCUCAAGGUGCGGCUGGAAUUCAAGCUCUGAGCUUCUCGGCAAAUUGCAGUUCCGUGCAGAAGCUCGGUGAUGGCUUGCUGCGGGAUACGAAGACGUGCCCGCCAUCACGAAAGCAGCUUCAAGUGCGAGCUAUGGCUCCCAAGAAGAAGGUGAAUGCUUACGACGAAGGGUGGAGCAAGCAGUGGUUCGGAGCGGGAAUUUUCGCGGAGAAUACCGAGACGGAGCCCGUGAACAUCGUGAAGAAGCUGGAGAAGAAGAAAUUGCUGUCUCAAGUCGAGAAGGCGGGUCUUCUGAGUAAGGCCGAGAGCCUUGGUGUGAGUCUGUCGCAGAUUGAGAAGCUCGGUCUUCUGUCGAAAGCGGAGGACCUCGGCUUGCUGAGCUUGGCGGAAAAAUUCGCGACGGCCAGCCCCGCAACGUUGGCUUCCUUCUCUCUACCUCUAGUUGUGUUAGGAAUUGCAAUUCCCGUACUCGUUCCAGAUAGCUCCACCCCCCUCGUUGUUGUGCAGAACGUCGGGAGUUUGUUGUGCUUGGCUACCGCCGGCGGUUUGUUUAUCGGAAGCGUAGUGUUGAGCGGUUUGCAAGAAGAGUAGCAUUCCAUAGCUUUUUCAAGAACUCAAUAACACCAGCAUGUCACUCACGGACAUGAAUGUGGUAAUCCUUGAGCAAUUUUUUGUAUAUGGAAUUCGAGCUUACGGAUCUGUGUACUCUAAAAUCACUACAGUUCCUCUCCUUUCCACUCA